AUGAAUGCGAGGAACAACAUAUUUCAGAUCCUCCGACAGGAGGAUAAGAUAAAGAGGAAGUCCAAGCAGCUGAAGGAGAGCCAGCAGAAGAAGGAGAAUGAAAAGAAGGAAAGUGAGAAGAAGGACGCCAGCAGCUUUUCCUUUGAUAUCAGCAAGUACUCCUCCUGGGCCGACAUGGUGGACGAGUACGACGAGUUCUUCUACGAGGUGGAGAAGCUGAAUGACCAGGAGAAGAACGAAACAAAUAAUAAAAAGGAAAAAAAAAAAAAAAAAAAAAAAAAAAAAAAAAAAAAAGAGGACGAAUACAGUGAUGAUAGUAGUGAGGAAGACAAGGAGGACACCGAUCAACCCGUACCAACACACAUAACGGAAAAGGAAAUAAAAAAUAACAAAACGUCGAGCACCCCUAAUGCAAAGAAAAAGCAAAAUGGAAAUGCUGCUAAUGGGAUUAAUAACGUAACUAAACAAAAACAAAUGGAGAAAAAAAAAAAAUGCAAAAAGGAAAGAGAAAAAAAUAAAUUGGAAAAUAUUUUAAUGGAGUUUACAAACACAUAUAACCCCAGCGUGGGAAAGGAAGUGCACGAUGGGGAGAAGCUUUUGAAUGGAGUUGAGUCAGCAGAGGUUACUGUGCCAAGGAGUGGCAGUGGAGGAGGAGAAGAAGAAGGAGCUACUCCCACUGGUGCAGAUGCGAAUGGCCCAGAGGUGGAGAAUCAAAACGAGGGGGAUAAUGAAGACUUGCUAAAGAAAAAGGAAAAGAAGAAAAAAAAAAAAGACAAGAAGAAAAAGGAAAAGAAAAAGCAGGAUGAACUGAACGACUCGCUGAAGAGGGAGGAGCUGGGUCUGGGUACCCCUGGAGACAAGUUUGACGAGGACGCCAACGGCCAGGCGGGCACGCCCCACUCUAAGGAAAAAACGCCCAUCGCGGUGAACGAGAAAUUAAAAAUACUCAUGAACAUGAUGCCAAAGAAAAAAAAAAAAAGAGAAAAAAUCGACGACAUUAUUGCCAUCGUGGAGAGAGAAGAAAAUAUAAAAAAAAAACAGCAGGACAAGAUUAAGCAGAAGGAAAAGCAAAAGUUAAAGAUGCUGCAGAAGGCGAUGCAGUGA